UAUAUAAAGUAACAGUCACCCAUAGUUUGUUAUAUUAGUACAGCAAAAUACCACAUUAUAUUUUAAUUGAAAGGUUCUGGACAGCAGAUCUCUCUCCCUCUCUCUCUCCCUCUCUCUCUCUCUCUCCCUCUCUCUCUCUCAUUUUUUUGGUGGAUGUGAUUAUUAAUAAGGGUGUGUAGGGUGUAAAUAUGGUCAGUAGUGCUGUUUUGGUAGAAACCCAAUCUGACUCUUACUCAGGACAUUGUGUUUGGUAAGAAAGGCCAGUAUUCGGGCGUUUAGAAUACUGCAGAAUACUUUCCCCAGAUUACUGCUCACACAGAUGCCCAGGUAGUUGUUGGGGUCGAAUUUGUCUCCAUUCUUGUAAAUUGGGGAUACAAGCCCUUGGUUCCAAAUGUCAGGGAAAUAGCCUGUAUUCAGUACCAGGUUGAAUAAUUUAAGCAAGGCCUUCUGCAGCUCAGGGUUGCUAUAUUUGAGCAUCUCAGUUCUGAUGUUGUCAGGGUCGCAGGGUUUUCUGCAUUUAAACGUUUGGAGCUUCUCUAUUAACUCUUGCAGGGUGAUUGGGGUGUCUAGUGGAUUUUGGUUGUUUUUAAUUGAUGACUCGAGGAUUUUUAAUUUUUCCUGAAUUAAUUUGUGUUCCAAUUUUAAUUUUUUGGGGGUAAUUUCUUUAGAGCGGUUUUCAAAGUAUUCUUUCCAAAUAGCUCCGUUUUGAGUAGCCAAUUCCUGCGGUACCCAUCACAUGUACACACUAAACGCGCAGUACAAUUAUACAUACCACAUACAGUACUAGUUUUUAAGAAAUCAUUGUAAUCAAUUAUUUUGAUAUUUUGUGAACGACACAACAGAAUUUUAUCUUCAGUCGUGAUCUGUGAAAUCACAUGCAGCAUCAAACGAGCUUGCUUAGUAUACUGACAUGUUAUGCGCGUGGUAAAAAUAACAUAAAGUGUAGCCUAACUACAUAACUAUAAGGCACCACAUUUCUAUUUCGCCUUAUGUAACCCUAAAUUAGUGAAAACUGCGACACCACAGACUUCAAGCAUCCUCAGUCUAACUGGAUUUUUUUUUCUCCCACACACACCUUUGGCAUCCACAGAUGUGCGGAAAUGACACAGCACGGGCGAGUACUGUCACGUCACGCGAGAGGGCACAGACAGAAGAAAAACACGGCGGACAAGAACACGGACAACGCUUUAUCCGUGUCUUUAAAUAAUAUCCUUUAUUUGUCGCAGAGGUCACUUUUGCAAAUGUAUUUAAAUGGACUCAGAAAAUGAACUCUUCUGAAUAUGGGGAGGAUUCAGAGGGUGACAUAUCAAAGAAAGAGAGAAGAGCAAUCCGUUGUGUUAAGAUAGAAAAAGAAAUGGAGGAUACAGCUAUUGACUGCACGACAGGGUGUAAAAUAACGGAAGGUCACAAGCAAGUUUUGCCGUGCACUAGUCUUCAGAUUACUAGCAAAAGGACACAGAUGCAGACACAGAUUGUGGAAGAUGGUCCAGGCAAUGAACAAGACAUGCCCACCAGUAUGAAAAGAAUCAAAUUUGCAGCAGAGGGAAUGUUUCAUGGCCUUAGAUCUACAGAGCACCUGCAGGCAGUUCAGAAAAACAUGGAAUGCACAAGUACAUUGAGGCUUUCGAAUGUGAUGUCUCUCAGUGAAAACAAAGACUUCCCUAUUGAAAAAACAACAGCUUCUUACAGGAAACCCCUGUAUAGCAUUUCACACAAAAUAACAGAGAAGAAAAAUGCUCCAGGCCUGGAUCAGCACACCUCACUGCAUGAACCCAGAGAAAGAGUGAACUACAACAGCCUUGUACUCCCCAAAAAAGUAGGGGAACACAACAGGAGGGAACCCAGUGUGAUAGUGGCCACUCCAGAAACCACGAACAGUGAUUCAAACAUGUAUUCUUUAAUAGAGAAGAUGUUUUUCAUUCUAAACACGCUGAACUCCAGCAUGACGCAGCUUCACAGCAAAGUAGAUGUGCUCUCGCUGGAAGUGACGAGAAUAAAGAAGCGCAUCAACCCAGCCGAGACAGUGGCAGAGUUCCACCCGCCCCCUGAGUACCAGCUGAACAGCGAGGAACUGAAGCAGUUGGUGGAUCAGACGUCUUUGCCUGGUGACCUGGCCUGCAGGUUACUGGUGCAGCUUUUUCCAGAGCUUUUUACAGUCGACGAUUUCAACAGGAGCUGCAACGCCUGUGGGAUCGUGAGUAAAAAGAAACUUGAUUCACUUCACUUGCAGCUCAUCCGCAACUAUGUAGAAGUGUGCUACCCGUUAAUCAAAAACGGUAAUGCCUGGCAGGUGGAGUGUCUGCCUCAAAUCAAUGAUUUCUUUAACAGGUUCUGGGCACAGAAGGACAUGGAGAGUAGCCAGCAGUGUCAACAAACUACACCAACAACACAGUGUUAUGAGCCAGAGCAACCUCAGGCUUGCCAUUACAUUGAUGAGGAAGGGCAGGAUGAGAGUUCGUCUUUGACAUUUAACAACAACACAGCCUCAGAUUUGAUCGUAGAUACUCAGGAUGUUGUUGAGUAUCUUGAUGAAGCUUCGUCCCCUGGGGAUUUUGCUGUUUUCUUAAUGCACCGCCUUUUUCCAGAACUCUUUGAACAAGGGAAAAUGACUGAGGGGUACAGCUGCUAUAACGGUUCCGGGAAACAAAGCCUUGACCCGCAGAGACUACAGAUAAUACGGAAGUAUAUGGAAAACUACUUCCCUGAUGUUCAAGGGGAGGAAAGUUGGAUUCAGCUUUGUGUGCAAAGAAUGGAAGAGGAACUUGAAGGCAUGCAUGCUAAUGGGAGCGAGUCAGAGCACACCAGAGAUGAAAGCUACGACUCAUCCAGCUUACCUGAUGAUGUGUCCAUUGUUAAAGUUGGAGACGGCGAGUUUGAAAUGCAAGGUAGGAGGUCUAAAAAGGUUUCCCUGGUACCCAUCGAUUUUGACAGCCUUGAAUUCCCACCUCCAGAUUUUGAAGUCCCUCCAGAGUAUGUUCUUACCAAAGAACAAAUCGUAAGCAAUUACGAAUGUAGCUUAUCCAUCGGAAACUUUGCUUCCCACUUGCUGGUUCAGUUGUUUCCGGAGCUCUUCACUUACGAAAACCUGAGGAAACACUACAACUGUAGCGGAACCCUGGGGAAAAAACAGCUGGAUCCGGUCCGAAUAAAACUGAUCAGAUAUUAUGUGCAGUUGCUUUACCCCCGAGCAAAGAAUGACAGGGUGUGGACUUUAGAGUUUGUUGGGAAACUGGACGAAAGAUGCCGCCGAAGGGAUACUGAACAGAGGCGCUCUUACCAACAGCAGCGCAAGGUGUACAUGCCAGAGUCUGAUAGUAGAGAUUUUGACUGUUUUCCUUUGAACCCUGAGCUAUUCAGAGAUGAAUUUGAGGGACCUCCCUUGCCACCUGAAAGAAGCACAAAGGAUUUCUGCAAAAUACCGCUGGAGGAGUUAGCAGUGCCCCCUGUUGAUUUUGCAGUGGCUUCUCUCUACCUGCUUUCCAAUGUAGAGAUUAGGGAGAUUGUGCAGCAGAGCCUAUCUGUCGGCAAUUUUGCUGCUCGACUUUUGGUAAGACUGUUCCCAGAGCUGUUUACUGCUGAAAAUCUCAGGCUACAAUACAAUCACUCCGGUGCUUGUAACAAAAAGCAGCUAGACCCAGUCCGACUAAGACUGAUCCGUCACUAUGUGGAAGCAGUGUACCCUGUGGACAAGAUGGAGGAGGUGUGGCAUUAUGAAUGUAUACCUAGCAUUGAUGAGAGGUGUAGGAGACCAAACAGGAAGAAAUGUGAUAUACUAAAGAAAGCUAAGCGGGAUAAAAAUGCAUCAUAUUUAUGACAUUUUGAAAAUAUUAACUUUUGUAUAAAAAAAAAAAAGUAUUAACUGUGGAGUAUGAAAACACACAGCACAUUUUAAAAGUAAAUUACAUUUUAUUUUGUUUUUUACUGUUCUCAUGAUUGAAAACAUUAUAAAAAGUGCUUUACAGUACAUAAUGAUAAGUUGCCAUAACAAAUUGACAUGAAACAAAAAACUCAACCAGUCUUCAGUUUUAUCGCAGGAUGAAUUUUAGCCAAUUAAAAAAAAAAAUUAAACUAGAUAACUGUCCCCUGUCACAUUCUGUAUAGGACAUCACUCACCAAAAGUAUUAUUUUGUAUUUAUUUAUUUUGCACAGAAGGUUGUAAACCAAAUAGGAGUGUAUCUGUCUGUAUAAGCCAAUGUUUUUUUAGGAUAUUAGGAUAAUAUGGUUUGCCUUUCAAAGGUAUCUGAUCAUACUUGUAUUUAAAGGACUAAAUUCAAGAAAAUACAUUUAGUAAACCUUACACAGAAAGUAGUCCUUGCUAUGCUUGUCUCAAAUGAAGAAAAAUGAAACAUGAAAGUGAUCGUUCCUUUUUUCAUGAAAUUGAUCCUUAAAAUAGGUAGUUAAGGAGGAACAAACUUACCCCCAAAGGAAGGUCUUGAGGUAUCUGCGGAUGCAGUAGAAUGUUAUAACACCAUUACAAAUUGUCAGAAAUGAACAGGGUAAAGGGAUGUGUGAUGUGAAGUGUGCAAUUAGUAGUAGCAGCUCACCCCUCCUCAGUACUAGUAAGAUCCCCUAAGGGUAGUCUGAAAUACUGCAGCAAUUCUUGUAUUCCAAGUACUGUUUUUAUGAUACAGUGUUGGUAUUAGUUUUAAUAUAAAUACUGCAUGUUAAUCCCUUAAAAAGAUUUAGUGACAGUCAGGUUGAGUUGGGGUACAUUAUUGCAAAUACAUGUAAUAUUUUUAUACUGGCACACUGUAAUAUUUGAGCAUUUAGCUCAAUAUUAGCUUCUGAAUCUUGUUUUUGGUAACUGUGUAUGGAACAAUAUGUCAUUUCUAGAAGCAAAAGCAUAAAAUGAAAAGAAACGAUCCACUUUUAAAAACUAUCCACUUAAGUCACCAGUUUAAAAUAAUAGAUGUAUCAUUUCAUGCAUUGAGAUUCAAGUUUUAAUAAUUAAUACACUAAACAUUUUUUUUUACAGUACUGUAUGUCAGUUCGGUUAGUUUUGAAAAUAAAUACUACACAAAA